AUGUUUUCCGUUCAUGGUCGCGGUGUGAUGUCCACUGUACUAUCAGAUCAACAAGUUGUCGGAACGCGUGUCGCCCGUACUCGUCGUCUUCGCCCGUUUUCAUUGUAUUGUGCGUGUUGCUCAAGCUCUGCGCGUGCUAAAAACGUUACUCAUGUCACCGGUUGGCAAACACUGUACCACAACCAAAGACAAUUGAUUUUGCUUACCACGUCAAGAUCAAAAUAGCUAAAGGCUUGUAAUCAUAUAACACAACAUAGCUACAAAAAGUAUUGUCAGAUUCAGUCUUCGAAAUGAUUGCAUUAUUAAGUACCACCGCCAUUUCUUAUUUUUACCUAAUUAACUUGGUAUCAUCCAUAUCUGUGCCGACCGGCAAGGAUACUCCCAUCGAACCUGCAGUUAUACAACCCAAAAUUCUUCCAAUACCUGGAAACAAUUUACAGCCACCAGCACCCGUACACGAAUAUACUGAAGAACGACCAGAACCUCCACCUUUGGAUCCAUCCUUUGUACCAAUUCCAUAUGAUUAUAUUGAAUAUCUCUCACCUAGAAGAAUACUAUUGGUUCCAAUGAAAAUUAAGAUCCAAAGGCCGUAUUCUAAAUAUGAAAAAUAUCUUCUCUCAGCUCCAAAGUAUCAAAGGUUAAUGAAAAACGACAAUUUAAGGCGAAAGUAUUACUCAACUUUACAAGAACAAAACGAAAUACCAGAUAAUUAAUU